GUGGGCUUUUACGUGCACACUGGCAUUACCUUGUGCCUUUGAGUCUAUCUGUGAGAGAGUGUGAUGGUGUUGAGGAAUUCCAUAUAUGCAGGUAUGGAAACUCCGGGAACGAAUGGGUAAAAAUAAAAUACCCAGCCAAAGGAAAUCUAAAACUACAAACAAAAUCGAGUUGUUAAUACGAAGAAGAGGAGCGAGAUAUUUAAAAGUUAUCAAGUGUCCCAAGGUCGCGAGCUGAGCAGUUCAGAGUCCUCUCAUUUGUGUUCAGGAAGUGAAAAUGUCGACGUAUUCUUGGGCCACUACGGCGAUUAUUGCAGCUGCUACGGCUGCAAGGAACUCUAGGCAGAAGUCAGGUAAACGUGAAAGCCCCCAAACACGAUAUGUAUUAGUGUCGCUGGGCAUGGUGGGCGUCGCCGUAGACUACUUUGUAAGGUACAGCAUCAGUGUUGCCAUCGUUGCCAUGGUGAAGACCCAUUCUGUGGCCACCAACACAACACAUGACAAAGGGAUAUGCCCGGCAGCUGUUAACAUUACUGUCAAGGGCGGCGUCGAUCCUCAUGCUAAAGGGGAAUACGACUGGAGUGAACAGAUGACGGGAGUAAUCCUUGGAAUGUUCUUCUGGGGAUAUUUCAUCACAAAGGCGGCAGGCGGCCGCAUCGCCGAGCUGAUGGGCGCGCGGAGGACCAUGGCUGCGAGUCUCGGCGCGUCGGGUGUGCUGUCCCUCUUGUGCCCGACCGCCGCCAGCAUUCACCCUCUGGCGCUGGCGGGGCUUCGGCUGGCCAUGGGGCUGGUGCAGGGACCCGCCUUCCCCGCGCUCUACAGCCUGCUCUCGAGGUGGUCCCCGCCCGACGAGCUCGCGACGAUGGUCUCCGUCGCCUUCUCUGGUAUGCUCUUGGGUAACAUGGUGGCUCUCGGUGGGUCGGGCUUCGUGGUGGAGUGGUUCGGUUGGCGGUGGGUCUUCUGGCUCGGCGGCUUGCUGGCUCUUGCAUGGACCCCCCUGUGGCUCGCCUUCGUCCGCGAGUCGCCCGAGGAGCACCCCUGGAUCACGGAGGAGGAAAAGCGUCUCCUGGCGGUCAACCUCGAUGUGAAGCCCAGGAAACAUGUCCCCUGGAGCCGCGUCCUUCGGUGCUGGACGUUCCUGGCAGCCAUCGUAUCCGAGUUCACAGGAUCCUGGGUGUCGGCGUUGCUCAUUACGGAGGCACCGACGUUCCUCACAAACCAGAUCGGACUGAGUCUACGGUCCUCUGGGUACGUGUGCUUGGUGGGCACAAUCGUCAGCUACGUCCUCUCCAUCUUCUACGGGAAACUGAGUGACCUCCUGAUCCAACGGGGCUGCCUAACGAAGGUUAACGUCAGGCGCCUUCUCUACGCUAUCGGAUUCGUGAUCAUCUGCAGCAGUAUGAUGGGAAUCGUGCUGGCCAAGUGUGAGAAAGUGACCGUGGCCAUAUUUGUGAUUGUGGCCAUGGCAGGGACUUCGGUGAAUAUGGUUACCUAUCAGCUCGCUCCCAUGGACUUGGCGCCGAAUUAUGCAGGCACAUUAUCGGGUCUUAUCGGCAUUGGCAAUAUCGGAAGCUUUGCGGCUCCGCUGGUCACGUCCAAACUGCUCGUGGAUUUGGAAAAUGGUUGGAGCGCGACCUUCCUUCUCGGUGGCGCCAUCUAUUUUCUCUUGGGAAUUUUGUACAUUUCCGUUGUAAGAGCAGACAUCGAGCCGUGGAAUUACUACGAUGAAAUGGAACAACUAGGCGAGUGAGAAGCGCCAGCGAAAUACGUAUUGUUUGCGUUUGUUGGGAAGUAUUCUUGGAAAAUCGGGGUCGACGCUAUUUUUUUUUUUCUUUUUUUCUUCAAAAAUCCAAAGAUUGUCGACAGGUAGUAUAAUAUAAGGUGCUUUUAGUUAUCUGUGAUCGCGAGAAUCGAGUCGAAGAUGUGUGUAUUUAUUAUGUAAAAUCUUAGACGUGUUUACUAUUCAUUGUAUAUCAGAUCGCAAAGCAUGUAGAUGAUUUGAUCUUCAGAAAAUAAAACACUCGAACCGACCAACGAAAAUGGAACAUGUUUUCCCAGAUUUUACCUUGUGUUAAAGUGCACUCUUACCCAUAAGCAUUUUUGUAACGAGAGUUUUAAUAAACUUAUGAUAUCCA